UAAUUUUGUUGACUUUUUCAUAUAACCAACUUUAAGUUUUGGUUAUCAUUUCCUUAAUUUUGCCUUCUUUAAUAAUCAUGUGUAAUCUUGAUAUGCCAUCUAUUGUGUUUCUGGUAUCACUUAUCAAGGAUAUAUCAGUGUAUCUGUGAUUUAUUUUUUCUAUUGGCAUAUCAACUUACUUGUUAAGAAAAAUCUCACGUUUAGAGCAUGACCUCUUAAAUUAAUAUUUUUAGAUAGUCUUAAAAGACUGAUUCAUAGCAUCCAUUGAUUGCCAUUAAACCAUGCCCAAUAAUACAGCAGUGGAAGGGGGCCACACACAAAACUGAGGGGGACCAUUUUAUAUUUUUAUCAAUAGGUUGCUCUGACCUUAGAAUUCAUCACUUAGUGGCUGACUUUUUUUUUUUUUAAACCCUUACCUUCUGCCUUAGAAUCAAUACAGUGUUUUGGUUCUAAGGCAGAAGAGUGGUAAGGGUUAGGCAAUGGGGGGUCAAGUGACUUGCCCAGGGUCACAUAGCUAGGAAGUGUCUAAAACCAGGUUUGAACCCAGGACCUCCUGUCUCUGGGCUUGGUGGCUGACCUUUUUGUGAUGAUCCUCUUUAUACCAUAGAGUUGUCCUUGAAUAGUAGAGAAAGUCUGUUGAGAGGAUUUUAACAUAGAUAUUUUAUGAGACUUUAUUGAAAUUCAAUUUGCAAUGCUCUGGAAAAAUUUAUUUCUUCUAUAUAUGGCUCAUCUAGGUAGGCUGCCAAAGAGAUCAAUUUUUCAUUUUUUGACAUAGGAAUUUUAUGUCUUGGGCAAGGCUUCUUAGUCUUUUUUGUGUUAUGGAUCUCUUUGGCAAUCUGAUGAAGCCUUUGGACCCCUUCUCAGAAUAAUGUUUGUUGCCUAAAUUAAUAUUUGGAAAUGCUAAAAGGUUAUAGGAAAGUAAAGAUGUACUUUUUUCCCAACCAAUUUCAUGGAUACCCUGAAAACUUUCCACAGAAUCCUUGGGGACUUGUGAAUAAGAACUCCUGAUUUGGAGAGUACCUUUUAUCUGUGUUUGCAGUAACUCCUUCAGUAUCGUUAUCAUGUGAACAGAUUGGCAAAUACUUUUUUUUUAAAGCAUUACAGAUUGAUUUUUUAUUUUCAUUUUGAUAAUAUAUACAUUUUUUAAUUUUAAACCCUUACUUUCCAUCUUGGAAUCAAUACUUUGUAUUGAUUGUAUUGUUUUGUAUUGAUUUGUAUUGAUUCCAAGGCAGAAGAGUGGUAAGGGCUAGGCAAUGAGGGUUAAGUGUCACACAGAUAGAAGUGUCUGAGGCCAGAUUUGAACCUAGGACCUCCCAUCUCUAGGCCUAGCUCUCAAUCCACUGAGCUACCCAGCUGCCCCCUCAUUUUGAUAAUAUUUUGUUGAUACUGAAUUUUUCAUAGUACCUUCUAGCUUGAUAGAACCUGACAAAUUUUGUUCUCCAGCCAAGUCUUCAAGAACUUAUCACUACCCUCUCUUGGAGAAAUGUCAGAGGAGAACUUGGUACUAAAAAAUAACAGCUAGUAUUUAUAACACUUUACAAAACACUUUAUAUGUUUUCUCAAUUGAACCUCAUUAUAUUCCUGUGAAGAAGGUGCUAUUAUUUUAUAGCUAAUGAAAUUGAGGCUGACAUUUGCCCAGGGUCACAGAAUUAGUAAAUGUCUGAGUAUGAUUUGAAUGCAAGUCUUCCUAACACAAAGUCUAGCACUCUACCUCCUAACUGCAUAAAUAAAGAUCCAAUAGCCUAGAACCAUGUUAGAGGGAAAAGAACCCUUGAUAUGGAGUAAUAAGAAGUCUGGGUUCAAAACCAGAAUCUAAUAUUUAUUGGCCAAAUGAAGCUCCCAGUGGUUUUUCCUGCUCAUACAGUCCUUUUCUGCCUCAUUUCUCCUUGAUAUUUACUGUAGCCAGAAGUGUCUUUUUGGUAGAACUCUCACAACACUUUUAUUUGUAUCUCUCUUAUAUUUCUAUAGUAUUCUACCUGGUAUUAAAGCUCUUUGUGUAGAUGGUUUAUCUUCUCCACUGUACUGUAAAUUCCCCAAGAAUAAGAAUGCCAUCUUAUCUAUCUUUAUAUCUCCCACCAGGGGACAUGUUUGAACAUUGCAGGUUUUCUUAAUGUUGAUUGCAUUGAAUUUAUCAAAUGGCUAAAAAUGGCAGAUGACUCAAUUGAACAUCUCAUAAAUUCUCAAGUUAAGUUUCUUUGUUGUCAAUGCCAUUCAUGCUUUAUGAGCUUGAAAUAUUUGAUAACUUAAGCCUUUUCAGGGAGGAGCUUUGCAGACAGUGACACAGGGCAGCAGUGGUGGCAGCAGCCUAUGUCCCAAAGAUUUGUGUGGAUUACAUUUCUUCCAAGCUAUCCUAAACUAUAAUCAACUGUAAUUGAACAGCUACUAUAUGUAUAAGGAUACAAUGUGAAAUGACCUUCUAGAGUUCACUAAUGUCUUUCAGCUUAUACAGCUUGUCAUCAUUAAACUCCUCUUCUCACCAACCCUUUUAAUUGCCUUAAAAAAGAUGACUAUAAAUAUAAAUUUAUACUUAUGUGGUAUGAUCAGGAGUCAGCAUGCUCUUGUCACUAGUGUGUUACAUUCAGAGUUAGAAAAACCUGAAAAUUAAUCUUGCCCUUGCCACUUACUGGCUUUGUGACUUUGGCUAGCUAAGUCACUUUGCCACUUUAAGCCUUAGUUUCCUCAUCUGUAAAAUGAGGAUAAUAAUUAAAGAAUCUUCCUACAGAGUUGUUGUGAGGCUCAUUUGAGCUAAUACAGAUUGUAUUAAAUUCUUGGGGUAACCUUAAGCUAUUAAAAAAUUUCAAACUGCACAAAGGUUUUUGGGACACUCUGUAUGUAUAAAGCACUUUGCCAGCUUUCAAAUGCUUACAUGUCAGGUCAAGCUAGACCUGUGGUGAAGGCAAAAUAUCUUUUUUGUAGAAAUAUUUAGAGAAAUGUCUCGCCCUGCCCUUUGUUCAGUGGAGCUAUAUCCUUGUAACACUGAACAUCAUUAUAUUGUUUUGUUCUGUUUUUUAAGAGAUAAUUUGGACCCUAAAGCUGAGAUCAAACUUUGAACUACAUGCCAUUUUGGACUUUUCCCUACUUCCAAGCCUAAGCCUCUGAGUCCUUAAAACAAAACAUCCUGGCCACCUGCCUGGUCCUGAGCUUCUGUUCAGAUUAUUUUUAUCCUUGAGAUGGGAGCAGAGUUAGGCAAGCCCCUUGGGUAGGAUUCACCUUUGCCAGACCUCUGACUCUUUCCAAUCUAUAAAUAGCAUAGCUACUGCCUCAGAGCUGGUCUUCUGCCAAGGGAAAGGCAACUAGGUGGACUUUUAGGCCUGGAAAAGAAGUGAUAGGAGAGAGGAGGACUAGGGUACUGGGCCGAUGUUUCUUGACAGUGAUGCAAGUUCAUUUCCAGUUUUUGUCCCAGGCAUUACAGAAGGUGCAGCCAGUGGCCCACUCCUGCUUUGCUGAAACAGUAGUGCAAGAAAGAAAGAAUGUUAGUGGCAAUGGGAAAUCUUGCUUAAGUCCCACAACUGAACUGGAAGAUGCAUUAAGAUCUUGGAGAGGGGCCGCAGAGGCAACAUCUAGACUGAGAGAGAGAGGCUGUGAUGGCUGCUUGGCUGGAAUUGAAGUUCAACAGCUCUUCUGUUCACAGAGUGUGGCAAUCCCUGAACACCAGCUUAAAGAACUGAACGUGAAAAUUGACAGUGCUUUGCAAGCAUAUAAAAUAGCUCUGGAGAGUCUAGGCCACUGUGAAUAUGCAAUGAAAGCUGGUUUCCACUUGAAUCCAAAAGCAAUUGAAGCAAGUUUGCAGGGCUGCUGCAGUGAAGCUGAGGCACAGCAGACUGGGCGGAGACAAACACCACCACAACCAAUCCAGUGUGAGCUCCCAACAGUCCCUGUCCAGAUAGGAUCACACUUUUUAAGAGGGAUAUCUUUUAAUGAGUCUGCAGCUGACAACCUGAAGUUAAAAACGCACACUAUGCUACAGCUGAUUAAAGAAGCAGGCUGUCAUAAUGGGAUUACAAGGGAUGAUUCUCCUGUAACUGAAGUGCUGAACCAAGUUUGUCCUUCUACUUGGCGAGGUGCAUGUAAGACCGCUGUGCAGUUACUAUUUGGCCAAGCUGGACUGGUGGUGGUCGAUACAGCACAAAUUGAAAAUAAAGAAGCCUAUGCUCCCCAGAUUAGUUUAGAGGGUUCCAGAAUUGUGGUUCAAGUCCCAUCAACAUGGUGCCUGAAGGAAGAUCCUGCAACCAUGUCUUUGCUCCAGAGAAGUCUGGACCCAGAGAAGACUUUGGGCUUAGUAGAUGUACUUUACACAGCCGUAUGGGAUUUAAAUCGGUGGAAAGAGGGAAGGGAGCAAGCUUUGCCUUGUAUUCAGAUUCAGCUUCAACGUGAGAUCUCUGACUUUGGUAAUCAAGUUGAUAUGCCUCCUGGAAAUGGAAAUAAAUCAUCAGGAGGGUUGCAAAAGACUUUCUCAAAACUGACUUCACGGUUUACAAAGAAAACUUCAUGUGCCAGUUCAAGCAGCAGCACAAGUUACUCUAUUUCAAAUACCCCUUCCAAAAAUGUUUUCAUAACUGGAAGUACUGAAGACAAGGCUAAAAUCGAUACAAGAUUACAGAGCAUUUUGAACAUUGGUAAUUUUCCAAGGACUGCAGACCUAUCAGCCCAGAGUGUCAAUAAUCAAAUAGUUAAUGGUUUUCUAAUUGAACAUAGGGAAAAUUUCCUCAAAGGAGAUGAUGGUAAAGAUGACAAAGGUAUGAAUCUACCAAGUGACCAGGAAAUGCAGGAGGUUAUUGAUUUUCUGUCUGGCUUUAAUAUGGGCAAAUCCCAACAGGCUUCCCCAAUGGUAAAAAGACGUAACUCUGUUGCUUCUACUACAACAGCUGAGACAAAAUCGGGGACCCUGCAGCCCCCACAGCCACAGCCUCAAUCAGUGGCACAUGUAGCUUUGCAUCCUUCUCAGCGAGGGUUAGCCCAGCAACAGCCACCAUCCCCUAAACAGCAGCAGCCACAGAUGCAAUAUUACCAACAUCUGCUUCAGCCCUUAGGGCCUCAGCAGCCACAGCCACAGGCACGGACACCUGGAAAGUGGCUUAAUAGCUCUUCACAACAGCCCACCCAGGCAAUUGGAACUGGAUUGUCUCCUCUUGGCCAAUGGAAUAGCCCUGGCCUGUCAGAUCUGAGUCCUGAUUUAUAUAGCUUAGGUCUUGUGAGCAGCUACAUGGACAACAUGAUGUCUGAGAUGUUAGGACAAAAGCCACAAGGACCUAGAAAUAACACAUGGCCAAAUCGUGACCAAAGUGAAGGAGUCUUUGGGAUGCUGGGAGAAAUUCUGCCUUUUGAUCCUGCAGUUGGCUCAGACCCAGAGUUUGCCCGGUAUGUAGCUGGGGUAAGCCAGGCUUUGCAACAAAAACGGCAAGCCCAGCAUGUCCGUCGUCCAGGCAACGCACGGAACAACUGGCCUCUUCCGGAUGAUGCCCAUCGUACCUGGCCCUUUCCUGAGUAUUUCACAGAAGGUGACAUGAUAAAUAAUAGCUGGUCAGGCACUCAGGGAGACUCUGCCAGUUCAAGUGAUGAGACAUCCUCUGCUAAUGGAGAUAGUUUGUUUUCCAUGUUUUCGGGGCCAGAUCUUGUUGCUGCUGUUAAGCAGAGAAGGAAACAUAGUAGUGGUGAACGGGAGACUACCACACUACCAUCACCACCUCUUCUUUCCACAGUAGAUGACCUUAGUCAGGAAAAUAAAACCAAAACGUGGCCUCCAAAGGCCCCCUGGCAGCAUCCUUCACCUCUCACCAACACACUGCCCAGUCAGAGCCCGUCUUUGUAUCAUAUUACCAAUCCUGUCAGCCAGUGGAAUGACACGAUGCAAAUUUUACAGUCACCAGUUUGGUCUACAGCUAGUGACUGUGCUCCAUCAACAGGGAUUUCCUCUACAUUUGCCUAUGGGCAGCAAGCCCAGGCUCAGGCCCAGGCACAGCAGGCAGCAGCCCAGCACAAACCCAUGAACAAGGGCUUUAAAUCUUUUCCCAUGAAGCAAGAACGCAGACCAUCCUAUCUACAUCAGUACUAAUGGCUUCACACUGCAGAAGGAUACUGGUUGUCUCAUCAGUAGCGACGGGUGGCCAUGAAUGGGCCUUCACAAUUCUAUGAAAAGAUAAAGCUAUUUUGUGGACAUUCUGUUUGAUAAAACAUGGCAUUAUGUCUGGUUACUUUUGCAAAGGGAGAUCCCAUUGAAAUUGACAUACCUAAGCUCAGAUGUUGAGUAAAUGAGGCCACUAUUUUUGUUAGGCACACAAAGCAAUUCAGACUGUAACAUAAAAGAGCUUUUAAAAUGUGUAUAUUAUCUUUACUUUCUAAACCUUUUUUUAAAAAUAUUGCUAAAAAAAUACUACCAUACCAAACACUAUUUUAUAGCUAUUUUUUCAUAUAGAUUUAUAGUUAAAACAUCUCUUGCCUAAAAUGCAUUUAAUAUUUUAAAAUAACAAAUGUAGUGGUCAGAGUUUUGCUCAACAUUGUCUUCAUUUAAGUUUAUAUAUAAAAUGAGCAAAUGAUAAAAACCUUUAUACCCUAAGAUGAGCAACUUGGGCCCUGUGGGUUUUCUAUGGGAAUGACAACCAGCAGCUUUUCAGAGUAUAUCCCUGGAGGUAGAUAGUUUCAGCUCUAUUUGCAAAGCAUCGCCAAUCUGAGAAUUGCAAUAUUGACCUAUUGUAAGCACAGAUCAACUGAGGGUCACAAAUGGCAGUAGCUUUCCUACCCAAAGGAGGCCUGUUUUCACUUGGUAAGAGGGGAAGUUGAUUUUGAUUCACAAUUGGAUACUUAUCUAUUUGGCCAUAGAUCUUUUCAACUUUGUCUUCCUUUGACAUGACAAAGUAUAUAAGCUAAAAGACAACUCUAUUUAAUUAAGUCUUUUUUCAGACACUGUAUUUACAAGUAACAUUUGGGAGCUGGCUCAGAAAAAAAACCCAACAAAUUGAAAUUUAGGAAGGAAUAAGUUGAAGACAGUGCUGCUUUAAAAGUAAACAAAAAGAGAGAACUUGGCUCAGUUAAUAUGUGCCAUUAAAUAGAUAUUACCUGUGGAAUUAGAAAUAUUUUCCAACCAAAGUGGAUUUAGAAGAGUUGAAUGGUGCUUACAUUGAGAAACAAUGAUAAAUAUAUGUAUAGUUACCCAUUGUACAUUAAUUGAGAUUACAAAAGAUUCUUUAUAUAAAGCUUAUUUAAAUUUUCGUAUUUCAUUUUUGAAAGAGUCUAACAUUAAAAUCCACAAUAUUUUCUGGUAUGAAAGUUUUGACAGUAUUAAUCUUAUUUUUAUAUUUUCUUAAAUCAUUAUACCAUUCUAAUAUGUGUUAACUACCAGUAAAUGAGAUAUUAGUUCUAAUGCCAUAUAAACUUUUUUCAGCAAAAAUAGUAAUAGCACAUUUAUGUUCUCAUUUUUAAAGACAUAAAUGAAUCUUAUAUUUAAAGAUACCAAAAAAAAAAAAGGAUAUACAAAACACUAAUAUAGAGAGAUUCAGGGUGUCUCAGCCCAGCCUCCAUCUUUUCUGUUGUAUGAUGCUGGGUCAAAUUUUUAGUCCCAGAAUGUGAUUUUUGUGUGUUGUUCAAAGAUGCCAAUGUUGCCUGUAUUUAUGAUAUUGUCACCAUGUUUUCUGAAAAUUCACACUCACCAUGUUUACAGAGAAUUGUUUGCUGUACAUAGACUUUUUAUAGGAAUGUGCUUUGCACAGUCAUUGUGUGGCUUUUGUCUGUGUAAAUUGUCAUAAUGUCCGCAUUCGUUUUACUUUGGAUGUCCUCCUGCUGCAAUUGUCUGUGACUAUUUUGCUUGACAGAUGGUGUUUGGUUUCCCAAAGUAACAUGUCCACAGUGCCCUGAAUCCAAAGUUCUAUUACACUGAAAUACUAUGAUUUAUCAAUGUCUGCCCAAAGGUUUCAUUCCUGGAUGGGUAGUUCUUUCUGCUCUGACAUAUUGCUCAGCACAGGUGCCAUCCCUAUCUUCCUUUUUCCAAUUUGUUUGUGUUUUGAAUUAAGGCAUUUUCUACCUGGAGUCAGAGUGAGCUGUGGAGACUGUGAGGUGAAACCAUUGGUGUGUCUCUGCAUGGGUGCUAUAUCCCUGGAGUCAGAGUGAGCUAUGCAGGCUGUGUGAGGUGAAGUUAUUUGUGUGUGUCUCUGCAUCGGUGCUACGUCCCCAGCUUCCAGUCCUUCGGAGCCCUGGUGCUUCCAGGUGUGGUCUGUGGCAGAUGAGUCUUGCUACCAAGGAGCUCGUCCCACUGCUCAGUAUGAAGGCUCGGUGCUUUCUGACAUCCCAUUCACUUGCCCUUACUGCAGUGCUUCAUGUGAAUGGUUCAGUGCUUCUGAACUGGAACUGUAUAUUUUGUAUUUUACUUCUAAUGCUUCUGUAAGUAAAAUAACUAUUUGCUUUAUUAAAGAUAUACAUUUAAUAAUA